GAGGAGGAGGAAGAGGAGGAGGACGACGAGGAGGAGGACGACGAGGAGAACGAGGAGGACGACGAGGAGAACGAGGAGGAGGACGGGGAGGAGAACGAGGAGGACGACAAGGAGAACGAGGACGACGACGACGACGACGACGAGGAGGGAGAGGGCGGCCGAAGGCAGCUUCUGUGCCCCCCGGGGCCCUUCGGAGCCGCUGCGUGCAGCUCGGCCGACCGGCGCGGCGACGCCAUCAAACCGCCAGGCCGCUGGACUUCGUCGUCGUCGUCGUC